AUGAUGACAGUCUGUCCCCAUUUGGACUCGCUGCCUGAUGUAGAUCUAGGCUUCUCCAGCAGCCAGGGCUUCCAGUGGUCUCUUACUGGUCAACAUUCUGACCAGCCCACCUUACCCAGCCCUGGAUUUGAGAAUGCCAGACUCAAAAGUGGUGGCAAGUCGUUUAAGUUCAAUGACGAGUUAGAAUUUGAGCGCUAUGAUGGAUAUGAAAGCAGACUUGGAGGCAACACGCCAAAAAAAGACAAAUAUAAAGUUGGAGAUGUGUUGCAAUUUUCCUGCCGACAAAAAUUAACAAGAGUUGGACCAGAUUCAGUUCAGUGUUCCCAUUUUGGAUGGUCCCCUGAUCUUCCAACAUGUAAAGGGCAGGUAAAAUCAUGUGGUACGCCUCCUCAACCCCCCAGUGGGGAGAUUAAGGAAACAAACAAAGAAAAAUAUGAACUUAACGAAGUGGUGGAAUAUGUUUGCAACUCUGGAUUUUUGAUGACGUGUUCUAAUAAAAUUCAGUGUGUAGAUGGAACAUGGACAACCUUGCCUCUAUGUAUUUUUACAGAGGGCAGUACAUGGGGUGACGUACCUGGACUUGCUUAUGGUUAUGUUGUGGAGUCUUCUGCCCCUCCCUUUCACCAUGGAGCUUUAGUGGAGUUCAGUUGCAGAGAAACAUAUACAUUGAUUGGACCCAGAUCAAUUACAUGUGACAGUGGACGGAGGACCCCACUUCCUCAGUGUGUUGCAACAAAUGAACUUAAGAAGUGUAAAUCAUCACAGUUAGUUUCAUAUGAGGUGACUGAUCAUAAUACCAACAUGCGUUACAAAUGUAGAGGAAGAACAGACUACAAACACUCAAUCUGCAUAAAUGGAAGAUGGGAUCCUGAAAUAACCUGCACAGAGCUACAAAUGCAGUCAUGCCCACCUCCACCUCAGAUUCCCAAUGCUCGAGAUAUGACAACUACAGUGAAGUACGGUGAUGGAGAAAAAAUAUCUGUUCUGUGUCAAGAAAAUUCUAUAAUUUGCGAUGCAGCAGAAAUUGUGUGUAAAGAUGGAAGAUGGCGGUCAACACCACGCUGUGUUGAAAAAAUUCCAUGUUCUCAACCACCUCAUGUAGAAAAUGGACGCAUUAAAGAAACAUUUAAACCCAGGGUUUAUGCACAUGGCACUAAAUUAAGUUAUAUUUGUGAAGAUGGUUACAGGAUAUCUGCAGAGGACAAGAUAACUUGUCACAUGGGAAAAUGGAGUUCUCCACCUCAGUGUGUAGGAAACUGUGGACCCCCUCCACCUAUUGACGAUGUAGACAUUACCUCAUUCACAUUACCAGCAUACGCUCCAGGAUCAUCAGUGGAGUACCAAUGCCAGUCCUUCUAUGAACUUCAAGGAAACAGGAACAUAAUAUGUACUAUGGACAGUGGUCAGAACCACCAAAAUGCUUAG